CACAUCAGGCAGCUCUGGCGGCCGGCACGGAGCUCUUAGAGAGAGAGGAGAGGAGAGGGGGGUAAAGGCACGAAAAUACUUGUUUUUUGCCCCAAAAUGCGCACCUUUUCCAAGCUUUGACACAGCAGAGCAAUCACGGCACCGCAGAAAAGAAAGCAUCUUUACUCUUGGAAAGUGGAGACUGAGAGGCAGAGUCAUUACAGAGACUAUAACGACAUGGGAAAAGAAGUGGUGAACACUUUUUAAGAUGUUUCCCCAUCACAGAGAAAGAGAGCAGCCAAUCUUCAGCACGCGGGCUCAUGUCUUCCAAAUUGACCCGACCACCAAGAGGAACUGGAUCCCUGCAAGCAAACAUGCAGUUAACGUGUCCUUUUUCUUCGACUCCAAUCGCAAUGUCUACCGUAUCAUCAGCGUGGGUGGCACUAAGGCAAUCAUCAACUGCAUUGUUACACCCAGCAUGACGUUUACAAAGACGUCCCAAAAGUUCGGGCAGUGGGCCGACAGCAGGGCCAACACAGUCUACGGUUUGGGUUUUGCGACGGAGCAACAACUGCACCAGUUCUCAGAUAAGUUCAAAGAAGUGAAAGAUGCCGCUCGUCUGGCAAGAGAAAAGUCACAAGAUAAAGAACUAGCCAACACGGCCCUCAGUAUCGCUGCACCUCAGGACCUCUCGGAUGACCUCCAGUCCCCUCCAGUCAUGUGUGUGAACGGGCCUGAAGACAAGCUGUUUCGCAGUCAAAGUGCAGACAUCACGCUGUCCUCUGAGAAGGAGCGCAUCAAAAAGAUGCUCUCUGAGGGGUCCAUCUGCGAGAUGAACCUGGAAGCAGAGCUCUUCACGCUACAAGACAGCAACUCCAAAUUAGUGGCAGCAUUGCACGAGGCCAACGCAAAUGUGGAGCAGUGGAAAAAACAGCUCCUCGCAUAUCAAGGAGAAACCGAAAGGCUCAGAGAGCAGGUGGCCGACCUGGAGGCUCACGGCGGUCACGGCCCCAGUGACUUACUGAAAGAUGAGUUGACACAGUCUCUGGAGGAGUUGGAGGCUCUGUUGAAAGCCAAAGAUGAGGAAAUUCACAUUUUGCAAAGCAAAAAGUCAGACUAUCAUGAGAUUGAGCGGGAUAGAGAUCAAGCUAUUCACAGAUUACGGGAAGUUGAGAUGCGCAAUUCCGAGUUGGAGCGUCGCAUCCAGAAUACGGAGCAGAACUUGAGCAACUCGCUGGGGGAUCGAGACCGCAUUGACACUGAGCUCCAGAGAGCUAUCGAAAUUUUAGACAUCAAGAUCUUUGACCUCAACGACCUUCGCCAGAGCUUAGUUAAACUCAUGGACAAAUAAAAAAUAUAGAAAUGUAGAAACAGGAAUUUAAAAAAAAAAAAGAUCCAAGGAACCAUCUUGUCUGUUGGGCUAUCUAGUUUUAUUCGUCUGAUAAUGCAGUGCUGCUUCGUGAUGGUUAACAAUGCAAUAACUUCAAUUGACUUGCAAGCGCAAGGACAACUGGUGCGUAUAGUUUUACAUUAAUUAUGCUCAUUGUGUUACAAAUUGCAUAUUACGGAUAAUAAGAGGCCUUGUUUUACUGUAUAAACUGCCUUGACAAGCAUUCAGCAGCAUAGAAAUACAAAUACACCCUUUAAACAUUAGGAAAGCAAAUAAGGAACAUAAUAUUACAUUGCAUUAAUUUGUGUUAAGAGUUUAUAAAAAAAAUAAGUUUUCAUUUGCUUUUAGUCGUUAUUAUGCUUCAUUUUGGGCGGGAGGGGGGUGGGGGGGGCAUUUACUAACAUCCCAACUAUUUGAUUUUAAAAGCUAUUGGUUUUCAUUAUCACUAUAAUGGUGUGCGUGGAGUUAGAAUGGCAUUCGCAGCUCCUCAGCUAAUGCUGAUUAACUAAUUUAUUACAUGUAUAUGCAGGGGUUGGACAAAAUAAUGGAAACACCUAACACUUUGGCAUCAUAAUUAUUGAACUUAAUUGUUAAAGACUGGCAUAAGGAACAUUCUAAUGAAGUUGAGCAUCUCGUAUGGCUGGCACAAUCCCCAGACCUCAACAUUAUUGAACAUUUAUUGUCAGUUUUUGAAAUUCAAUUAAGACGUCGAUUUCCACCGCCAUCGUCUCUAAAAGAGUUAGAGGGUGUUCUAACUGAAGAAUGGCUUGAAAUUCCUUAGGAAACAAUUCAUAAGUUGUAUGAAUCAACACCUUAGAGAAUUGAGGCUGUAAUAGCCGCAUAAGGCUUAUCUAUUAAAUCAUAUUAAAUUAGUUUUUGUUGAUUUUUUUAAAGGUGUUUCCAGUAUUUUGUCCAACCGCUGGAUGUAGUUCUCAAUGCAUUAUGUAUGUAGAAUUAAAAAGAGUCAUUGAAUUAGAUAUGAUUCUUUAGGGUGACGUAAGAAAAAUAGCACUGUAUUUGGUGAAACACAGAA